AUGUUGGGAUCUACCUUGUUUGUUGGACUCUGCGCCCUGGUGCUGCCAUCCGUGGCUCUGCCUCACCACAACGCAGCCAAAUUUGAUUAUAAAUUCCCCGAUCACUGCCAGCCCAAUCCUUGCGAGGGAAUCACCUUCCAAAACAGCACCUAUGUCUGCGGCGAUCGACGCCUGGGUCCCGUCAAGGCCCCCACGAUGUUCCCACUGAACAAUGAACUUGAAAGCUACGAGCGCUUUGGCAAUCUGUGCCCAGCCUCAUUCCUCCAAAAAUGGGCGGGAUCGACCAGUGCCAACGCGACCUACCAGUAUCCGCCUGCCAACGGGUUCAUCACCACCACGACGGGAGAUCCCAUCAUCGGCAAUGCCACCUUGCCCGUGGGACAGAAACUGGACCGCUUCGGCUCCGAGUAUGGUAGUUUCUUGGCUCCCUUGGGGGCACCGUAUAUCGAGCGAUCUUUGCCGCCGAGCAACCUGGACACUUAUGAUGGGGCGUAUCCCUUCAAUUAUUAUGUCUAUGAAGUGACGAAGAGUUUUGUGGUCGGAGAGGGUCCGAUUGCACCUUGGUUUGAGCAGCCCGGUGGAGGCACCCAAUAUGUGACCUAUACCAAUGUCAAGGGACUGUUGGGCGGUGGAUACCUGCGUCGCUUGACGCCCGAAGAGUACGAUGAGCCGAGAGAAUUUGCAGAUGAUUACACACCGGGGCCAAAUCAGCAGAAUUAG